UGAAGACGAGUGUGUUUGUCAUUUGUAGUUUGUACACAAUUUAUAAGAUAUUAAUUGUGUUUAAAUUUAUCGAUCUAUUAAAAAUGCCUUUGAUAUUGAUGGUUGGUUUACCGAGCAGUGGUAAGACGACAAGAGCUCGUGAAAUUCAAAAAUACUUCACUGAACAACAGCACAAAGAAGUUAUUUUAAUAUCUGAUAAUGAAAUAAUUUCAAAAAUGAAUUUGGACAAGAAUGUUUUGUAUUUAGAAAUGAAGAAAGAAAAAGAUCUCCGAUCAAAAUUGCAUUCUGAUGCCUUGAAGAGUUUAACUAAGGAAAAUGUUGUAAUAUUAGAUUCUGGAAAUUUUAUUAAAGGAUUUAGAUAUGAAUUGUAUUGUUCUUCUAAAAGUUUGAGUACACCAAAGUGCUUAGUUGUGUGUGAUAUUUCAACUGAAAAAGCUUGGGAGCUAAAUGAACGCAGACCUGAACAAGAAAAAUAUGUUAGGAAGACAUUUAAUGAUCUUGUUAUGAGAUAUGAAGAACCAAAUCAUUCAAAUAGAUGGGAUUCACCAUUGAUUAAUUUACAAUUGGAUGACACUUUGCCUGCUGAAGAUAUUCGAAAAGCAAUUUUUGAAGUUGCUGCUCCUGUACCAAAUCAAUCGACAAUAAAUGCUCCAUUAAAUUCUAGUUCAUAUUUGUAUGAUUUAGAUCAAAAAACACAAGAAGUAAUUAAUUCAAUUAUACAGUUGAAGAAACAAGGUGUGGAAGGGGAAAAUAUUGAAUUAGUAAAUUAUGAAGGAAAAUAUCUAAACAAAUUGGACAAAAGCAUCUCAUUGGUGCAGCUUGCUAAAUCUAGGAAACAGUUCCUAUCUUAUGCCAAAAGCCAUGUUUCAGUUACAAAUGACCAAUCAAAUAUUGUUAACAUGUUUAUAGAAUUCCUUAAUAACACUGUUACUUGUUGAAAAAAUGAUUAUUAUUUUUUUUUUCAUUGGACGAGUUUUGAUCAUAAGUUCCUUUUUAAUGCUUAUGAUGAGACAAAAUCUUGCUUUAUAUACCUAUGGCCUCACAUUAGGGGCACAUGUACAGAAUUUACUCCUAUAUAAUAGAUGAGUCGUUGAGAAGAAGAUUUGCGGCUGAGUGAUGUGGUUUGAGAUUCAUUACUAAAAAUUUUAAAUUGAAUUAUAAUUCUUUAAUUGAUGACUGCAUUGCCUAAUUUGUUUUGCUUUCCUAACCUUGUGUUAGAUAACAUAAGUGAUUUAUUUUAAAUUUAAUAUGUCAAACAUAUUGAUUUUCAAUAGUACUCAGUAUUUCAGUACAAAAGUUUUUAUAAUGGUUUUACAACCAAUGGUUACA